GCCAGCGUUCGGCAGUAAACGAGAAGUGCCCGGCGUGGUGGGAUUGUGACUAGCCUUAUGUGUGAUACAGUGAGGUGAUUUUGGAGAAGUGACGCAGGAAUUCAUGUGAGCUAUAGUUGAUUGGUCAGAGAGGGCGGCGAGCCAUCGAAGCCGCGAAUAUGGCGACCAUGGGACUCUCCAAAGGAUUCAUACUGGACAAAUACUUCAACGAACUGCAAAAAUUCUGGGACACGGAACGAAAACUUCAAGACACAGCCUCAUCUAACGAGGCGGCCACCCUGCACCAGCGUCUGCGCUCGCUCAGUUCCGAGCUGGUCACCCUCCGCUCUCGGCUGCACGUGAGCCCCCCACCGCUGCCGCCGGCCGCCGCCCAGCCGCCAUCCGGCCCUGGUGCGCCAGCCGCGCCGCCCGCCGCCACCGCGCCGCUGCCGCCGCCGCGGCCCAAACCGGCCCUGCAAGAUGCCGUCACGCCGAAGCUGUCCCGGUUGACGGAGCCGGUGCCGCCGCCGGCCAGCGUCCUGCGACCCCCGCUGCCGCCCCCUUCGUCCACCUGUAGGACGGUGGAGGACCUCAGUCACCUGGAAGUACCGCUCACAGAACACGCAGUGAUGCGGUGUCUGCACUCCCGAUUCCAGGACCACCAGUUCUAUACCAAUGUGGGCUCCAUCCUGAUCUCGUUAAACUCGUACAAGGAGCUGGGUAACGCUCUGACGCUGAACUCGACUCGAACUAAGGAGACCAGCGAUCAGCUGAGGAGAGUGGUCAGGGAGGCCGUCCGGCAACAGAGCGACACCGGCUACCCGCAGGGAAUCAUACUGUCAGGUGCCAGCGGCAGCGGCAAGACGUACACGUCCAUGUUACUGCUGCGUCAGCUGUUUGAGGUCGCCGGCGGCGGCACUGAGACGGACGCGUUUAAACAUUUAGCGGCCGCGUUCACCGUGCUGCGGUCGCUGGGCACGGCAAAAACCACCUCUAACUCCGAGUCUAGUCGAAUUGGUCAUUUUAUCGAGGUGCAGGUGACGGAUGGCGCCCUCUAUCGUACAAAAAUACACUGCUACUUCCUGGACCAGACGCGUGUGGUGGCGCCAAUGGCGGGAGAGAAGAACUACCACAUCUUCUACCAGCUGCUGGCCGGACUGGCACCGGACGAGAGAGCCCGUCUCCACCUGGACGGCCACACACUGUGCAGUCUGCGGUACCUUCAGGGCGGCGACCUGCGCCAGAACGCUGCCGAGGACGCGGCACGGUUCCGGGCCUGGAAAUCGUGUCUGGGCGUUCUGGGAAUCCCCUUUCUGGAUGUUGUCAGGGUGCUGGCGGCUGUGCUUCUGCUGGGAAACGUCACGUUCGCUGACGGAGCGGGCAUUGAGGUGGAGGUACAGGGUCAAGAGCAGCUGCAGGCGGUGGCCUCCCUCCUGGGGUUCAGCGCGGCUGCCCUCCGUGCGGGCCUCACCACCCGAACACACAACGUGCGGGGCCAGCUGGUGAAGUCGCUGGGGGACGCCAACGUCGCCAGCAUGACGCGCGACUCACUGGCCAAGGCGCUCUACUGUCGCACCGUCGCCACAAUUGUCCGCCGCGCCAACUCGCUGAAGCGGCUCGGCUCGGGAUCAGGCACCCUGUGCUCGUCCGACGACUCUCACGUACACGCCGACGCCCAGUCUGCGCACGCUUCCACGGUUGGAACAGCCGGCAGCCGCGCCAGCAAGAGCAUGAGCGUGUUGAACUCGGCGGUUCGACAUGCCACAGAUGGAUUCAUCGGCAUUCUGGAUAUGUUCGGCUUCGAGGACCCCAGGCCGGCCCACCUGGAGCACCUGUGCACGAACUUGUGUUCGGAGACGAUGCAGCACUUCUACAACACGCACAUCUUCAAGUCGAGUCUGGAGUCGUGUCGCGAAGAGGGCAUCGUCUGUGAGGUGGAAGUGGAGUACGUCGAUAACGUGCCCUGUAUCGACCUCAUCAGCUCGUUGCGGACGGGUCUUCUGUCCAUGCUGGACGUGGAGUGUGGUCUGCGGGGUACCGCCGAGACCUACCUUCAGAAGGUGCGAGCGGCACACCGCAGCAGCGGACGGCUGAGGGACCCGCCUCCGGGCGAACCGGGAACCUUCGCCAUCCAGCACUACGCAGGACUGGUAGUCUACUCGGCGGCGGACUUUCUUGACACCAACAAGGACAGUAUGCCGGACGAUCUGGUCUCGGUGUUCCACAAGCAGAACUGCAGCUUCGGCUUCGCCAGCCACCUGUUCGGAACAGAGCUGAAGGUGCUGUAUAGCCAGGACACGGUACCACGAGGCGUCAGUUUCAGGAUCAGCCCCACCUCCAACGCUGACCUUCAGAACGGCGAGGAGCCCGUGUCCACGCUGACCCAAGACUUCCAUACUCGCCUGGACAACCUGCUACGGACUCUGGUGCACGCCAAGCCGCACUUUGUCCGCUGUGUGAAGGCGAAUGACUCGGAGCAGCCCCUGCUCUUCGAGCGUACCACGGUGAUGAGGCAGAUCAGAGCUCUUCAGCUGCUGGAGACUGUCAACCUGAUGGCCGCAGGCUACCCGCACCGGAUGCGUUUCCGAGCGUUCAACAGUCGGUACCGGCUGCUGUCCCGCUCCCGACUGCUGCACCGGACUGACGAGAAGGCCGUGGAAGACUGCCGUCUCAUCUUGGCCAGCUAUCAGAACACGCUGGAGCCACUGCCAGCCGACCAGCAGCCGCCCUGCCCCGGCUGGGCGCUCGGAAAGCGGCACAUCUUCCUCGCCGAGGGGACCCGUCAGCGGCUGGAGCAGCUCCGUGAGCAGAUCCGUCUGCGUGCCGCGGUCCUGGUACAGAGCGCCUGGCGCGGAUGGCAGGUGCGCCGCCGGUGGCCGCAGAUGCGCCGAAAUAUGGAGCACCGCCAGCGCACCAAGGCGGGACUGGCCCGGCCGCGGCCGCAGCCGAUCACAGGCACGCCCCCACCGGACGUUCCUGAGCGCUGUGAGCCGUCGGCCGUCCAGCAGACCUGUUCUCUGUUCGGUUUGGACCUCGAGAGGCCGCCUCCACUACCCCCGGCCCGAGCCUACACUGUGGACGGCAACAGGAAACUGGGCUACCCCCAGGAGCGGCUCAUGAGGCUCAACUUCCCAGAGGACGGUAGCGGCAGCGAGGCGAUCCUUCUGAAGGGCGAGACGGUGCUGGUGGUGGGUGCCUCCUCUCGGCGGGGUCACCUGCUCGUCCAGCACGGCGAUCAGCAGGUUCACGUGCCGCAUCAGUACCUGGAGCUGAAGCUUCCCUCACUGACUCUCCCGGCGCUACCGCCCGGAAAACUCUGACGUCAAAGGGAGUGACGGAACAGCGAGUGGGGGUUUCGGGGGGGGGGGCGAUGCUGACUAAGGGGUGGAGAGGCUUUGACUUUGGAGUUGGGACGAGCAAUGAAGUGUGGCGUUCAAAGUGGUAAGGUGCUGAAAGUUAGACGAUGGCGAGGUCUAGUUUGGCCCUAGCCCUGCUAUGUAUGGGGACCUUGGACUGGGGAGGGGUUUACUGGUUUAGAGUGAGAACUGGAGGAAGAUUGUAUGGCUUAACUGUUUGCUAUUUAUUGGAGUCCAUCGGUAAUUUGCUCUUGGCGCUUGUUUUUUAUUCAGACGGCCUUAAACCAGAAUGAGAAGAGGACUUUGUGCCCUGCGGAAUUCGCUAUCAGUCCGUUUUCUUGGAUUUGUCAAUCAAUUGAAACCCCAUGGCAAAAUGAUGUCUCGACAAAUGCUGUGAUUGGUGAGAGACCCAUGCUCGUCGGCCACAAAUUCAAAAAAGAAUUUACUACUCAUAUGUAGACAACUCCUACUAUACUCAUCUAAAACUCAUGAUAUAGCCGAUAUAGGACAGAUUCUAAUGGGAAUUGAUUGGUGCCAUUGCUGUGCGAUCAGUUUUUUUUUUUAAGUGCCAUGCAGAUACAGAAGUGACUCGCCGAGAAAGUACUGCCAGUUGUGUCAAAGUGUCAGUAGCGUGCUUCAGUUCACCGAGCUCUAGCCAUUGCUCGUUACUCAGUGCCAACAAGAUUAAAUGUGGCAUCGAUGGGCAAUUGGGCAGUGAAUAAGAAGAGAGUGGAUUUUCUUUUGUCUUGUGCUAGAAUGAUACGAGAUACUGUUUCGAUAUCUUUGCAUGUCUCCUUCAGCUCUAUAUGACACGUUAAUUGGCGUGAUGCAAUUUAAAACUGUAUAUUUCUUCAAUGUAUUGUUUUCCAUUGCCUGUAUGUGACCUGUUGAUAGUAGAAGCUAAAUCAGACAGGUGUCUGUACUGCAAUUCCGUGUCAUUUUAUUAGAGUUGCGAUCACCUAGCCUGGACUAUUGGAGAUGCACAGCAGCACAUGUCGCUCUCGUUUCUCCAAUAGCGUUUGUUCUCUUCAAAUAUGUUUGUCUCGUCUCAGGAUACUUUGUUGGAGGAGUAAGCAGCUCCAAUUCCUCACUAUGAACUGUCCAGCGUUUGGGUUGGUCGCAGUGGGCCAGAACAUGUCAACAUUUGUACGUACUUUUAUCGUGAUUAUAAUGUGUUUCGAUCACGUAAUAUUUGCAAUCAGUGUCAUGUAUUGUGUAAUGUUAUGGUGUUUGUGUUCAUUGGUAGGCGAUGUAAGUGUUUGUAUAUGAAAUGCUUGGUGGGUUUGUAAAUACGUCCAAUGUUUGUUACGUAUUCAGAGUGUUGUGCGCUGCCGUCGCUGUAAUGUUCACGGCCAGCAUUUCAUGUGCGAAUUGCGGGAGACAAUCACUAGAUGGCAGGCAGGUGUGCCAAACAACUUGAAUUGAACUGCAUUAUCCGUCCAAUGGCAGGAGCUUCUAUGCGACGACGCGGAAUUCCAAGUGCCAAGCUAACUAACACUGUGAUUGGUGUUUAUAGCCAAGCUGUUGUGUGCUCAGUGCCUAUAUGUGAACAUUAUUGUAUGAUUCGUUUUCAUGUUAAUAUAUGUUUGAAUGAAAGCAG